AUGUCAACUCCCACCGACUCGUCCAGUCCUAUCGCGGCUAGCCCAUGUCCACCACAAGUCCUCCAAAGGCGAAAAGGGAGCAGCCCAAAUGGAUCUUUUGAAAUGAGUUCGAUGUUCUCAGAACAGGAAUUAAAUUCAAGAUCAAUGAACAAAGAUUCAAAUUCACAAUCUAAUUCUCAAGAAGAAUUUAACGACUGGCGUGAAAAUGCCUAUAAUUAUCAAACUGAAAAUUCUACAUUUUUGUCAACUACUUCCUUCAAUCGCUCUCAUAUUUCCAAUACUAGAUCUACACUUCCACAAGAUCGCUACACUACAACGACUUAUAAUACUAUGGAGAACACUUCUAUCUACGAUUUCAAAAGACACGAAAAACGCCAACGGAAUACGUCUCAAGAACACGCUAACACGUCUCACGAGUACAAUAAUCAUCCCACGACCGAAUUCAAUGUUGUGCGAAAAUUCAAUUCAUUGGAUAUCCGCAACAAGCAGGAGGACUCAACAAAAAGAUUAUUACCAGAAUCUAGUUAUAGCUCAUCUAUAUUUGGGAAAUCUGACACACCCGAACUGACAUCAGAAAAAAGAGAUUCUAUGCUCUGGCCUGCAUCAGCAUCGUUAAAAACACAAGAAGAUCUUACAGGAAGUAUGAACAAAAAAUCGUCAGAAUUUAUGCAGCUUGACUCUGACUCCACUACAAUACCAAAAGAAAAGUAUCAAAUUACAAAGGUUGAAGUUACUCGCCAAUACGAUAGAGCAAACCAAAACCACAAUAACACUGGAGACCAUUGCUCUCCUAAUUCCAUCACGAAGUCCCGUAAAAAUUCCAUUACUUCUAUUGAACACCAAAAUCGUGAACCUCAUUCCUCUUUAGAGAGCGGCGAUAUUUCUGAAGCUGCAUCAAUUCAUAACUCUCGCUCUGAUAAAGCAAGCUCACCUACAAUAUCUCCUAACAACUCUCUUCCUACUACCUUGUCUUCAUGCAAUCUGACACAAGAAAUAUCUACUGGGUCUGCAAGUUUCAAUAGUUUUGGUGGCUGGUGUGAACACGGAGAAGCAAGUAGCACACAAAACCAAAGCGAUAAUAACGAUCAACAAUCAGAACAUAGUUUCCCAUAUUGUAUUGAACAAGAGGCCAACGCGUCAAAAGACAGUAGGCCGUCAACUUUAGAGGACGAUGCACAGCCAUCCGUACAAAACACAAGUGAAAGAAACGUGUCGUAUCUUCAGCAAGCCAUUCAAUCUAAUUCAGAAGACGAUACACAGCCUUAUGUACAAAAUAACAGUGCAAGAGACGUGUCGUAUCUUCAGCAAGCCAUUCAAUCUAAUUCAGAAGACGAUACACAGCCUUAUGUACAAAAUAACAGUGCAAGAGACGUGUCGUAUAUUCAACAAGCCAUUCAAUCUAGUUCAGAGGAUGAUACACAACCAUACGUACAAAAUACUAAUGAAAGAGACGUGUCGUAUCUUCAACAAGCCAUUCAAUCUAGUUCAGAGGAUGAUACACAACCAUACGUACAAAAUACUAAUGAAAGGGACGUGUCAUAUCUUCAACAAACCAUUCAAUCUAACUCAGAGGGCGACACACAACCAUACGUACAAAAUACCAAUGAAAGAGACGUGUCAUAUCUUCAGCAAGUUAUUCAAUCUAAUCAAGAAGGCGAUACACAACCGAAUUCACCUAAACAAAAUGAGGAAGAAUCAUUAUACCCCCAACAAACCACACAGUCAACCUCAGAUGAUAGUACUCAACCAUACAUUCCAUAUAAUAAUGAACACGACAUAUCAUAUGUUCAACAAGCUAUGCAAUAUACAGCAGAAGAUGAUACCCAGUCGUAUAUUCAUUAUGGUAAUGGAAAUACACAAUCGGCCCCAGAUAAUAAUAAACAGCUACGCGAAGUACAUCAUAAAGAAGAGGAGGAGGUACCGCUUCUCCAGAAAGUUAUGCAAUUUAUUUCAGAUGAUUAUGACUUGAAUACGUUGAGUACGUCUUUGCCCCAUGGGUAUAUCUCCAAACACGAAGAGGAUCAACCGUUAAUGUAUCCUUAUGAUAAAACAUUAUCUACCACAGAAUCUAAAAGAUCGGCUACCUCUAAUCUUGCUUCCAAUAAAACUUCUCCCAAACCUAACAAGCGAACACGCUAUACCCAAACAUCGCAAGACUUGAAUACUUUUAAACAGUCAGCAUCAAUGACCACGACAGAAAAGGCACCUUACACUAUACAUCCACGUGAAUCUUUCUUUUUGAAUCCAGCUCCUGUAAACCAAAUAGAGAGUGCCUUCUUUAUAAAAAAAGUAUUAGAUAUGGUUCCAAAGCACAUGAGCUGUAUACGGUCAAGAGACUAUUCGAGGUCCUGCUGGGAGAAUGAGGAGUACAAUACUUUGGAUGAUAGUACAUCAUCAACAUGCAAAUAUGUAGACCAGUGUGAACUGUCUUCUGCAAUACUUGGACUUCCAAGACAACAACGAUCAGCCAAUACUCAAGAUGAUCAAGACAAUAUUCUUAAUAUUAGAAAAAAGAUACGGCUCGGAGAAGAGAGGCGAGAACCAAGUGGAGAUAUUAAUGAACGAAUACCUAAUACCCGUUCAUUCUUUGAGUACGAGUCCCCACUUGGAACAAUAAGAACGGCUUAUGUAGAUACAAGCGAUGCGAGUGGGGAUGAAGAUAAUACGAGUAAUGAGUGUGGCUUGACCCAAAGCCUUGACAAUGAUGUCACACAAGAGUUUUUUGAUCUACCUGGAAGCUAUAUGAAUACUCAAAUAUCUCAAGGACCGAGACUACUUGGAAGUCAAUUAAGAAGAGAGGCAGAACUGGUAGAGAAUACUCAAGAAGAAAGAUAUUCAGAUUCAUUACAAGAAGCUAUGUCUUGGAUUGAUUCGGGAAGUAGUAUUUCAAGUGGACCAUCUCAAAGUUCUCAGGAAACUUUGGAUAUUCAGGGAAGUUCGAGUAUGCAGGAAAAUCGAGAUAGUCAAAGUAAUCACAAUAAUCAAAAUUCGCAAUGUUUCCCAAUUGUUCCAAAUUGUCAAUUGUUUCGAAACUCUCAAAACUCCCAAAGCCAAAGAACGCAGAAUAGUCAGCGUAGUGUUUCUUUAUCGGCAUCAUCACAAAGAUCAUCUAAUUCCGGUACUACGCCUGGGAUAGACUACCGUGUGACGAAACCAAUAUCAAGUCGCGAAUCUUCACAAACUGCGCCUUACCGAGAUAACCUCACUCAAACCCCGAAAGAUUCCAUCGAUAGAGUAAAGUCUCAAUCCAACUCUCGUUUUUUCAGUCAGAAACCUGUCAAUGUUCCUUUCGAUCCACGUAAUCAUUCUCACAUUGAAUCGACAGGGGAAUUAGACUACACGAUCAAGGAAAUACAUCCUCCAUCUACUCGCGCUUUUCCGCGAAGGCCAGGCAUUGGACUAUCAAGAACUCCAUCUUACAGUCAAGUAUCAAACUCCCAGAAAGGAUUAAAUAACUCUUAUAAUCAAUCAAUAUCCACAAAUACCCACGAAGGAACCAAACGAAAAAAAUAUGGUAUGGGGCUCCAUCGAGGGUCAAAUCGUUCAGGAGACAAUAUAUCCUGACGUC